AUGCCCCCCUUCACACAAUUCUCCAAGCUGCCAGCAGAGCUUCAGAUGUUAAUCUGGAGAAGCGCCAUCCCCAACCGUGGCAUUCUAGAGAUACAGACAGCAGAAACCGAUGACAAUCUUUGGUAUCCGACCUCUGGCUACACAGUCCAGCGGCAGCUGCCGGCACCGAACGUCUUCCGUGCCGCCGGCCCUUUUAUAACACGCACACUGCUCAACGGAAAGACACUCGAAGAAAACAGAAAUGCGCACUGGUUCACCGUGAAGGGAUUUGAGGACAAGCGUAUGUGUUGGUUUGAGGAGCAGCAGGACGACAUCGUGUACUGGAACUCGUCGCUGGGCCCCAGGGUUCCCCAUGGCUCUAGCUCCCUAUCCCUGAUGCGCCUAAGCAGCAAGCUCCCCGGUCUGCGUCACUUGAUGGUUCGGCACGAGGACCUCUGGGACCUGGACAUGAGACGACUCUGCGAUGAAUUCCCGAACCUUGGACAGGGAACCUUGAGUUUCUACCUUGGGGGCGUCGACCUCGAUUUCCGGAAGACCAUGUCAAACGACGAACCGGUGUGCCACAUCCUGAUUGAUCUCAUGGACCGGGGCAAGAUGGAGAAGAUGACAGCCCUGAUCCAAGACUUCUGCGCCGAGUACCCCCAGCGUCGGAAAUACGGAAAUGGCCUGUGGGUGGGCCGUGUAGGCGUGCACCCCAUCGAAGACGACGUGGAAGCCGAGUGGACGUUCCUCUGCCUAAUGGCCCAAGGUCGCAAGGAAGAAAUAGGGGGCAAGCCUUUCGCCCGGAACCGCAGGAGGUGCUUCGGAAAGGACUGGAGCGAUGGCCGCGCCUCGUCGAUACACACACUCGACACCAAGCACAUGCACUUCCUCGCCGUGAGCUGCGAGGACCUGCCCUGGAGCAUGCAGUGCCGGCACCAUGAGAUACAAGCCCUGGGCGAGGACCGGUGGAGACAACUGGUUGGCAACCUCGACCAGUCGAUCUGCAAGCUCCAUGUGCAGUUCGCGCGCACGAAACAGCACCACGAGGCCCUUGCGAGCAUGCCGCAGAUGCGCCAGGUCGCCAUUGUUAGGAUCUUGGGAGAUGCAGGAGACUUGGAUGCGAGUUUCCGGGAGGACGUGGUCGAGAUUGGCAAGACGAAGGAGCGCCCGCUGCUCUGGAGCCGAGAGGUGGCACGCCUACUGGAGUAG